AUGGCAGCUGAUCGCCUCAUCAAGGGGAAGGGCUGCAGACGGACUGAGGUGAGGUCAAAUGGCGGACUGCCACUGGCUCUUCAGGAUUUGUAUGAGAGGAGCUGCCAGCAUCUAGGGGGAGCUCAAGCGUUGGAGCUGAGGAAGUUGAUGGAGGCAUAUGUGGAUGUCUUCUCCAUCUGCAAUUUAGAUUUUGGUGGUACCGACUUGGUGACACAUCCUAUCAAGCAAGCACCGCGGAGAAUUGCGCCAGCAUACCGGCUAGAGAUGGAGCAAGUGAUGGAGGACUUCCAGCGGCAAGGGGUAAUAGAGAAAUCAAGUAGCCCUUGGGCUUCUGCUGUAGUGUUAGUGAAGAAAAAGGUUGGGUCCCUAAGGUGUUGUGUGGAUUAUCGAGCAUUGAACGACGUUACUAUCAAGGAUUCGUACCUCUGCCAAGAAUUGAUGACACCCUAG